ACAACUUUAGAUCUCUCUCUCACCCCUUUAGGAGGAGAUGUUGAUGUCGGGGAGAGCAGUCGAUAAAAUAGGAAGAYUCGUGGUGAUCAUCAAAGCUGCCAUGCUCUGUACUCUCUGCUUUGUAGCUUGCCUCGCUGUUGCUGCUGAAGCUGCAGCCGGGAAACAUGAAUACUGCGCUCCUUCUUCUUGCGGCAAAAUCACAAACAUAAGCUACCCGUUUCGUCUGAAGGGCGAUCCUCGGCUGGACUGCGGUGACCGACGCUAUGAACUCUCUUGCGAGGACAAUCGUACUGUUUUAUACCUGCAUGAUCAAGCGAGGUACUACGUGGAGGAGAUCUGCUAUGAGAAUCGUACAAUUCGAGUUGUUGAUUCCGGUCUACGGGACGACAAUUGUUCCUCUAUGCCUCACUAUUCAUUAAACCAGUUUAACUUCAGCAACGGUAGAGGAAAACCAUACGGUUUCGCCUACCAUGCCGAGUCUAUUAUGGACGUUGCUCUUCUAAGUUGCGAGACUCCACAAACARUUGGUUGUCGUAAUAACAACUAUUAUUCUGAUCUUUGCUUGCUAUAUAUGCCAGCUUGCAUCAAUGGUUCGGUGGACUCAUCAAUCUCCUCCUCCUGCCAAAAGCAUUAUUCUUAUGCAUUAGUGGGCGAUUUACUUGAUAUUCGGAAUAUCCCAGAAUCGUGCAGCGUCAAUUUAGUUGUUCCGGCUGGAUUGGAGAAUUUAGAGAAUUUUUCUUUCCGCCACAUCCACCAUAAGAUGGCAAUGGGCUUUCUUCUCUGGUUUCGAAUUGAUUGCGCAGGUUGCGAUGCAAAAGGAUCCAUUGACGCACUUGCCUGCGGUACCCUUUCCAGAAGCAGAUCCUUCCCAGUUGUUGCAUUGUCUUGUGGUAACCAACAUGCCCUCCCAAGGGACUGGAGUGAGCUUUGGUAA